CCAAAAACCUCUCUCUCUCUCUCUCUCUCUCUCUCUCUCUCUCUCUCUCUCUCUCUCUCUCCUUCCUUUAAUUUGCAUUGAAUUCCCUUCCGUUCUUCUUCUUGUUCUGUGUCUAUAAAUAAACAUCGCAGAAAAAGCAUAUCAAGGGGAGGAGAGAGAAAACAGAAGGAACAUGAAUCGCUUACGUUGUUUUGGACCCUCUGAUACGUUGUUUGUGCUGUCUGCUUUCUUUAUCCCUCUAUUUUUCUCCAUUGCUAAUGCAGCUUUCAACCUCACCACCAUUCCCUUCAACCAAGGUUACCUUCCUCUCUUCGGCGACGGCAAUCUCGUCCGCUCCCCUGACGGCAAAGGCGUUCGCCUCCUCCUCGAUCGCUUCACAGGUUCGGGUUUCAUCUCCUCCAAUCUAUACCAACAUGGGUUCUUCAGCGCCAACAUCAAGUUGCCGUCGGAUUACACGGCCGGCAUCUGCGUUGCCUUCUAUACAUCAAACGGUGACGUAUUCGAGAAGAGCCAUGACGAGCUAGACUUCGAGUUCUUAGGGAACACAGAAGGGAAACCAUGGAGGUUCCAGACCAACUUGUACGGCAAUGGCAGCACAAGCCGUGGCCGGGAGGAGCGCUACCGCCUUUGGUUCGAUCCUACCAAGCAAUUCCAUCGCUACAGCAUCCUCUGGACGGCCAAAAACAUUAUAUUCUACAUCGAUGAGGUUCCAAUCAGAGAGGUUGAGAGAAAGGAAGAAAUGGGUGGAGACUACCCAUCAAAGCCAAUGUCAUUGUAUGCCACCAUAUGGGAUGCUUCAAAUUGGGCAACUUCCGGCGGUAGAUACAAAGUUAACUACAAGUAUGCACCCUUUGUAGCCGAAUUUAAGGAUCUUGUCCUUGAGGGGUGCCCCACUGACCCUAUUCAGCAAGUUCCGGGAGCUGCUGGUAUUUGUGUCGAAAAAGAUGCUUACCUUGAGGCUCAAGAUUAUGCUGUUGUGACACUUGAGCGCCGUCUUGCCAUGCGUAAGUUCCGCCAAAGAUUCAUGUAUUACUCCUAUUGUUAUGAUACGUUGCGGUAUCCUUUGCCACCACCGGAAUGUGUCAUUAUUCAGUCGGAGAGGCGACGGUUCAAGGAUACAGGAAGAUUGAAGUUUGGAGGGAGCCAUCGCCGCCAGCGGAGCCGAAUCUCAGCCACUUUAUCAGCCUUUGAUUCUAAUAUGUGAUAUCCCUUUAAGUAAUUUAAUUACGUACCUGUAAAUUAAAGUGAAAAUGUCAGGAUAUUGUUGGUUUGUGAGUUUUAUAAAUUUAUAAUGUUUAUUUUUUUUCUUCCA